UGACAGUCAAUGACAGACAGGUGUCGCUGCAGUCAAGGCGUACAGGUGACGGGAAGGUCGAGACUCCAGUGACUUGCACGACACGUGACCUUACCUGGCACACAGCCGGCGACACGAGGUCCGGGUAGACACCCGAUGUGACCACAAACAGGAAACAUCUAGUUAUUCAGUGAACCUCAUACUGACAGGACCUGCAGCUCUGACAGUGGAGUUUGUCACCUGCGACAUUCACACGUUAAUCGUCUUCCUGGUCCAGCGGCGCCUUGACCCCUGUACACCUGUGCUACGUAUGGCGACAACAGGUGACACAGAUAGCUUCCAGCUGAGCUUGCUUUUUCUACUGUGUGGCGUAUGUGGAACACAAGGAAUCAGGAUAAUUAACUGUAACAACAACAAGGUAGAAAUAUUUGAAGACUCACCUGCUCCAGUCACGUGUGGAGACAUCACCAGUACAGCCAGUGUGGUUUAUUGGCGACGAGGAGAUGGAGUCUACAUCGGAGAGUGUAAAGCUGACGGUACCUGCACCAGUAACUUAUACAACGACUACAGACUCAGCAGGUCACCGAUGUCCACGGAGAGUCAGCUGACCCUUGUCCCUGAUUACCGACGUCACGCGGGGGUCACGGUCACGUGUGAGGACAGAGCGACUGGCUCCACAGCCUCCUGUACUCUCGUCAUCAGACGUCACUAUGUGCUCAGUGAGUGUCACGUGACCACCAACCCUGUGGACUGGACUGUGUCAGGUUCAUGUCGUGUACAACAAGCUUUCUCCUCUGAUAACAACUACACCUGUACAUGGACUAGGAACGAUGGACAGCAGACAUUUGGAGAGUUCGAUGCCAGUCGUGAGCUGUGUUCGUUCAUACAAGCUCUGCCACAAGCCGGGGGACUGUACACCUACAGCAUUUCUGUGUCUCCUCCUGCUACUACAGCCUUUUCUCAGCAACUGACACUAGUAGGACCCGGUGACGUAACAACCACGUGUCCACACUGGGUGGUGAGAGGAGGAGACCUGUCCUGUACAUGUCAGACGACAAACACCGCCAGUCCUCCAGCCACAGUGAGAUGGGAGGGACGAGACAGUGAGAAGCUGGUGAAGACUAACGUACAGCGGGAGGACAACGGCACACAGUUCACGUGUCACGUGACAUGGUCUGGGCGUGUCUACACCUCCAUCACCUACACUCUGAUAGUUGAAUAUGUGGAGGGCCCCAGUGAUGUCGUCAUUAGCGAAAUCCAUCUCCCGGGUAGCAACGGUUCCAACUUUGUGACUUUAUUGUGUAGCACAACAGGUGCUGUGUACCCAGGUGUGACCUUUACCUGGAGUCCAGGUGUUUGUCAGAAUGAAACUCACACCGCCAGGAGCAGCACGUGUACCGUUAGUCUGGACGCCAAGAAUGACAGGAGAAGUGUGACGUGUACAGCUAUAAAUAGCAUCGACAGCCGGAUAUCCGUCUCGACAUCAGUGACACUGUGGAUAAAUGUGUCGGGGAAUGUCAGUGUCGUAUCCACAAAAGAUUCCCUCUCACCAACAUCAGACUCCCUCGCAUCAUCAUCAGCUGUCAUCGGAAGGAUCAUCGGCUCAGUUGUCGCUGUGUUUGUAAUUGCGGUCAUCGGCAUUUUACUUGUUAUUUUCAUCAGACGACGAAGACGACACUCAGAGAAGGAAGCAGCUCAGUACGCGAGGGAAAGCCAUGAGGAACCAGGACUGUACGCGCAUUUUACUCCUCCUGCUGAUAACCAUGGUUACGAAGAUCUCAUUGUGAGGAACACCACUGAGGACAGCGCUACUACACAGGUGUCAGCGGCCAUCAUGUAUGAGAACACACAGAGACUCGCAGACCAAACAUACGACACACCGUGCCCUCCGUAUGAAGACCAUCAGUACACUGAUCUUCAGGUGAAGACUACACAGUGAGUCAAGACCACAAGAAAGUGAGCGAAAAAGCUUGUCAAAGAAGGAAGAAAUAGCCAGCAUCAUCUACAUUAUUGUUUAAUGACACUGUCACAAACACUCUGAAAACAAUGUUGUUCUCAUGUGGACUUUUCAUCUCUUUUUUAUAUUUACAAAAAAAAAAAAAAUUUUUUUAAAAUUGAGUUUCCCUUAAUUUAUUGCCGAUUUAUUGAUUUAAGAUAUAAAUGAAUGUAAAUGUUAAAUUGAAGUCUUGUCACUGUCGUGGGGGCCUUAAGACCGAGCUGUACAUAUACAGCUGACACUGAAUUAUUUGUCGAGCGCACUUAUUAGUUAUGAGGCUAGCUCUUUCUCGUUGAGCACUGGGAAUUAUUUGUGUAAUGUCUCGGCAUGGUUUGUGUCAGUAAAUCAUUAUGACUACUAAAAUCAUUAAAGUAGGAGAAACCUUCCUAGCAGUACUGAAUGUCCAAAAUGAGUACCAUAGAAACUGCAUCGGACAAAAAGGAUUCACCCAUUUAAUUUAAGGAUUUUCUGAUCGAUGUCAUGUCUAAAAAAAAUUAGAUUGAUGUUUUAAUCACGAACUUAUAAGCUAUGAUAUUUCUUAAUAGUAGACAUAAGAUUAACGUGGAAGAAGGUAUGAGGAUGGACAGAGAUUUAACUAUUUUUCCUCGUGUGUGUGUAUAUAUAUAUAUUGAAUUUUAUUUAUUUUUAUUGCAUAUAAUGGUAUUAAGAUUACAAACGACUGUACCUGAGUGCAGGACUAGCUGAAAGAGGAUACAAUAUUACAUGUCUUGUCAUUUAGAAGACUCACACAAGCCAGCGUGAACCGAAAACAAAAGUUACUGUAAAAAUUUAUUCACGUGACACAUUCACAAAUAACGAGUAGCACUAUUUUGCAGUCCUUACCUAUGAUCUUGAAUGUUAAACUUUCUAAUCGAAAACAAAAAAGUAAUAAGAUGGCCAAUAGUUUUUGCUGAUUUAAUAUUUCUAAAAAAACCGUUGAACUAAACAAAUGUCUAUUGUUAAAACAUCUACAUUGAUAUAACCCUACAUGUAUUACAUGCCAUUGCCAGACUAACAAUUUCUGUCCCUAAUCAGCGAUUUCCGAUCCUGGCUGUCUUCUACUGUGUAAAUGACUCACAGCCUGUGUGGUUGUCGGAUACCCAACCAAGUGUCUAGUCAGACAUGAUCCCGUCUUCCUCAUGUUACUAUGACAACGAGAGCUAUCCUAGUGUGUGGUGAGGGUAUCUGGUGACAAAAUCUGCUCACAACACUCGGGUGGAUGUACACUCGCUCAAGCUGUGAAUGUUCUGACUUGCUGAGUUUCAGGGUGGUGAGGGAAAACACAGUCUGUCAGAUGCACGUUUGCAAGAAAAUGUAUGAGACUCACACACAAACACGUGACAAGCUCAGAAACAUAUAAAAUCCGAUUCCAUGGAUGCAGUCAGUUGAAGUAUUACUAUGGAAUUAAAAGAUAAUUUAAUAUACAGAGAGAAUUGGUGGCAAUACUACAGAAAAGUAUGUUUGAGCAAGUCUAUUGAGAACAGCGCAGUAAAUGUAAGUUUAAAUUCGAUUUAUUAAAAAUAGUCAUUAGACCAGACAUUAUUUAUUACGGGGCUUACACAUAAACGACAUAAGCAUUUUAGAUAGGACAAGAAAAUAAAAGAAUCUUAAUCCAAUUUGAGGAAAUGAGAUGUCAACUGCUACUAUAUUUUUUGUGGAUAACAUUUUCGCGACUAAGAUAAGGAGUACUUACAUAAAUUUAUCAUGUUGAGUCGAUAAAAAUCUUCUGAAAUCAUAAAAGAUACAAAAAUAAUCAUGAAAGGGCCUUGUUUUAUGCGAGACUAUUUUAGCUCGAUUUUUACAAUAAAAUUGAUAAAUUGCU